AACAUGCUGUCAUUCGUGCUAACUACAAAACAAGCUCAGGUUUAGUACAGAUGUGGACUAUAAAGCGACUACUCAGAUCUUAAAGAGCGUCACGGAUCACUUGGCCCUAAAUAAACGGAGGUUAUGUGGAUCGGCUUAGACUUUGCUUCAUCCCCGGCACAGAAUUAGUUGUGCGGCGUCUGUCGUGAAGUACUGAGGUGUUCUGCCCCCAAUCCUCCGAUCGUAAUCAUGCUCCUCGUUCUGCUACUUAUCCAAAUUAUCGCCGUGCUCGGCGAUGUCGGGAACUGUGAAUCAAAAUCCCUGCUCAAGGACCUCAUCGAAAUGGUUCCUCAACAUCAAAAUGCCACAAUGUCCAAGUGUGAGGAGCAGCUGUUGGAACUGAGAAAAGCUUGGCAGGAUCAGCAGUCCUGGGCACUGAAAGCUAUUGACGCCUCCGGCGAGGGCUACUCCAACUUUAUGAUGGGCCAGAGCACCUGGCUGGGCAACAGAUUCACCUGCCGCGCCGUCAAUGAGCCGAUGCUCCGGGAUAUGACCUCCAGCAAUUUUCGCCUGCUGCGCGCAGUUUCGCCCAUUAAAUUCCACUAUCUGGUGGCCUACAUAGAAUCCAAUUCGCCGUGGCAACUGGAGGUGACCAUCAAAGAGAAUCCCCUGCUGCACAUUGGCCUCUGUAUGCCCACGACCUGUGACGUCCCGGAGGUGGAGCAACUCAUCCGAAGAGCGAUGGCCGAGAAAGGGUCCUUCCACUGCUGGGAUAUGGAUGCCAAGUUGGCUUAUGCCAAGAAACCAGAGCUUAAAUCCCAUUUCUUUGAUAGUGGAGCUGUGCAAAUGCUCUUUGUAGUGGCUGGUGUGACCUUCCUAUUGACUCUCGUGGCCUCCACUGGCCUUGGCCAACACUCACGCAUCCUGGCCUGCUUUGAUCUGGGCGCCAACUGGCAGCUGGCCUGGAAGCCAGUUAAUCCCAGCCAGGAGAAUAGACCCAUCAAUGGACUGCGAGUGUUCACCGCCUUCUCAUUGAUUGGCGUCCAUGUGAUCUGGUACAAGUACUUCUCGGUGGAUCAGUCGGUCGAGAUGCUGAGCAAGCUGGUGUCGAUGACCAUGCGGCAUACCUACUGGCCCAGCAUGGUGGAGAUCUUUUUUGUGGUCAGUGGUUACUUGACGGUUUUGAAUUUCAUCAAGGAUGAGCAACUGCAAAAGGAUAUCGCCAGCGAUGGACUCCUGGGUAACGGGCGUCGCUACCUCAGACAGUUCAUCCAUCGAUACUGCCGGCUGGCUCCGCUGCAAUUUGUGAUCAUACUGACGGGUGUGGUCGUCAUCGAGUACCAGCGUCAAGUGUCCGUUUUGCAUAUAACCGAUCCGCAGGACGAGCUGUGCCGUCGCAACGCCGUACGCAACUUUUUGUUCAUCCAGAACCUGUUUCCCAUUCAGGUGAUGUGCGGAUCGUGGACCUGGUCGCUGGGCUGCGACAUGCAGCUGCACAUGAUGGCGAUGCUGCUGCUCUUCACGCACACCAAGCACCCAAAUAUGGUCAGGUGGUUAAUCCAUCUGCUGCUGGUGUUCAGCGCCUUGCUGUCGAUUGUCAUGAUGGAGAUCAAGGAGGUGGGCUCCAAUUUCGAGCAGCUAUUCCACACCAACGAGUGGUCGUACAUGAGCCCGUUCAUCCGCAUGCUCGCCUACAUAAUUGGUGGCUCCUAUGCCUACUCCCACGUCAAGGGUACGCGCACUCCCUUCGAUUUGGUAAUGCCAAAUUGGUGGGUCAGAUUGUUGGCCAUUGUGGGCAUUGGCUGGCUGACAAGUCAGGUGGCCAUGGAUGAGCUGCCAGCCACCAGUAUUAUUGUCACAUUCAUGGUCAUUCUGCGAGUUGUGGUGACCACAUCGGCCAGCCAUCUCAUCAUCUGCGGCACCAAGUCGGACAACAGCGACUCAUAUGCUCCUACGCGCUGGCUGCUGGCGCUCCUGCAGUCGGAGCUGGUGCAGCGGAUCAGCAAGUUCACCUACGCCAUCUACCUGCUGAAUCCCAUUGUCAUCAUGUACUUCUACCACUCCUUCAACAAUGAUGUUAAACCGGACAACACCAUGAUAAUAAUGCUGACCAUCUCCUGUUCGGUGGUGUGCUACCUUUUGGCCAUCGUAAUGACGGUGUUCUUCGAGAUUCCCUUCAAUCGGCUGAUCAGUCUGAUAAUUAAGUCUAGAUCCACUAUUCCAACAAAAAAGAGCCAAUAGAUACCAGUAGAUCAUACCCAAAUCCGACGAAUAUUUUGCCGGAAUUUCAAACUUAAUUCAUUUAAAAAUAGCAAUCAAGAAACCUUCACAAUAAAUUGCACUUCGAUUGCCAAAAUCAAUAAGCGAUAGCGGUAAUUGAUCAAUUCGCCGGCAAUUGGUGUACUUUAAA